UCACAAAAUGGUUCCCAGCUUCUGUGUCGCACGCUGUUAUUUUUCACCCCUCGUUUUCCUAUUUUAUUUUAUACCCUGUUUACUUAAUAAACUGAUGGCCAUUAGCGAGCUUUUUAUCAAAAAAAACAAACCUAUAUGUAUGUGGGGUUUAAAGGCCAACAAAAGUUUGUUUGUGCUGUGCUCGUUGACCUUAAAAAGCUUUUGACUCUGUUGAUCGUAAAAUUUUGUUAAAAAAGCUAUGGUGUUUUGGCAAUCAGAGAUGCUGCCUUUGACUGGUUCAAGACCUACUUAAAGGGGCGCAUGCAGCUGACUCUGUAAACGACACAAGAUCAGAUCUGUUUCAUGAAGACUCUUUCAGGGUGCUGCAGGGAUCUGUGUUGGUCUCCCUGCUUUUUCUUUUGUCUAAUGACUUAAAAUCUGUCAAAUUACCACCAUCUAUAUGCAGAUGAUACAAUCAUUAUUCCAUCCCAUAAAAACUUGAGUACCCUUGUCCCACAGGUCCAGCUAGAACUUUCACAAGUCAACAUCUGAGGCAGCCCUUAAAAUUUGCAUCGGCAUUUGGCACUACCGACGUAAAAUACAAGGAUAAUGUAGUUGCGUCAACCAAAAAAUUGAAGACGUAAUAUUGUUUUGAAAUUUUUAGAAAACAACACUUGUGGUAUUGUUUGAGCUUCUCCCACUCAUUGCGACCAAAGAAUAAUUACACUUGAUUUUCAAUGAGUUAGGCCAUUAUCACUAACUAAAAUCACUCAAGCUACAGAAAUACCUGGUGCAAUUCGAUUCGUAAUAAUAAUCGAAAAAACUGUAUAACGUAUUAAAAAGAAGUCCAGAAGUUCUCUCUCUCACACAAUUUCCACUUGUCAUUAUCUUAGGAGAUCAAUACAUCGAAUUAAUGAGAGGUCUAGCCCUUAAGAAGGUGAAUAAAAAAAGUUUUUGCCAGCUGCAAAAUUUCAUUACAAAAAAAUAUUGCCAACGCAAAUUAGUUGAAAUGUACCUCAUGUUGGCAGUUUUAUUGCCGACGUGAAAAAAAGCGUCUGCUGGCUAAAACUAUGCUACUAUAACAAAAUGACUAUAAAUGAUAAAAGUUAUUUUGUUGCAACAACAGUUAUAGAAAUAGGUUAAACAAACGAUUGUUGAAGAAAUGAGAUUUGCAAUUUUAACAUUUUCUUUGUAGAAUGAUUUCCAAAGAUGGCAUUUCAAUUCACAACAUAUUGUAACCUGGUAAUUCAAACUCUGUCUUGGCUGCACUUCGUUGUGAGUGUCUCCCAUGGCAUAUCUUGUUGGUCUCUUCAUCAUAAUGCACUUGAAUGUACAUUACCAUUGUAUCCAACCUAACCGUUGUCAAUGUCUUUCAUCAGCAGUCCUUCAUCACAAAUGCAAUGGAUAAAAAACCAACAACAAAUGAAACAGAAUACUACUGUGUAACAUGCAAAAAAUAUUACGCUUCAUAUAAAAGUUAUGGUAAUCAUAUGCGUUCUUAUCACAGCAAAAACAAGGAGAAAUCAAAGUGUCCUCAUUGCGGUAAUUGUUUCACUAGGAGAGAUAAUCUUCAGCAACACAUUAGACUUUUUCACAUGGGGAAAGGGCUAACUUAUGCAUGUGAAAACUGCCAUUGGUCUUUUAGCACUAAAUAUGGUUACUUGAAACACAAACGAAAUUGUUUAAGAAGUCCUGUGAAAGAGCAUCUUCCACAAAAUGACUGUAAUAUAAAAGUUUUUAGCAGAGAUAUUGUUUCAAAAGAACAAGAAUGCAAACCAGAUCUUGUGGUUGCCAACUACCCAUUUGGACAAGCUUGUGGUACUAAGAUGGAUAUGAAAUCAGGUUUUUAUUGUUCUAAACAUAGCCAAGACAAAAAAUCUGUGCACAAUUUCAAGGAGAAUAACCUUUGUAAAAGACAUGAGCAAACAUACUUACAUGAAGGACAUAAGAGUUGGCACUUUGUUAAAAGUCACGAAGAAGAAAUAGUAAAUGGCGGUAGAUCCAAAUCAAGCGAUGAAAGUAAAUAUAAACAAGUCCAACCAGAUUGUGUUAUAAAUAAAGCGCUAGAUUGUGCCUUGUGUAAUAUAACAUUUUUAACGGAACAAGAUUACAAUGAUCAUAAACCGUAUUGUGAAGAAAUGGCGUCAUCCUAAAAAGUUUUUUUUAAGUUACAAUUUGGCUUAUUCAUAUUUGAGAAAAUCAUGCUUAUUCGGAUUUUCUGUACAAACUAUCCUACAAAAGAAGUCACUCUUGUAGUGUGUUGCACUCAAAUGUUGAAGUAAUUUUUUUUUUUUUUAACAAAUUUUACUGAACAAGUUAAAAAAUAAUUUUUUGAGGAGACUCGAUUUUCUGCCUAAAGUAGGAUUUCUGCAGUCAAUGUCUAAUUGAUAUUUUUAAAUAAAUGAUAUUUAAUGAAAAAAAGAACAUUAUUUUCUUUAGCUUGUAUAUGGUAAAGUUAUUUUUUAAAAAAUUAUAUUAUUUUGCAGUAUUUAGAUUUUUUGCAGUUUUUUUAUUUAUUUUAUUUCUAGUGAGUUGCAUACCUUAGCAAAGCUUUCUACAACUUUCACAAAUGUACCAUUGAACACCAAAUAUUAAAAUACCAAAAAUUUAGCGGAAAAAAAAAUCUCUUUUCUCUUUUAUUUACUUGAAUUUUUGGUGUUUUGAGAAAUUUGAAGUUAUUGGUUUUUGCUGACAAAGGUUUAUAACCCUCAACAGAAUUUUACUUUUUCUAGUUUUUUAUACUUUUUUUAUAUUCAAUCUAAUUUUUUACUUUUAGUUAAUAAUUGGAGAUCAAAUUAAAAUAUUCCCUAUAUUUUACAUAGCAAUAAUGAGCUUCCAGUGUAGGGAAGUAACACACACAAAGUUUUUUAUUAUCACACCCUAAAAAAAGUGUGUCAAGGCUGAUUAAAUCGGGUGUUAGCAUAAGGCAACAAAAGAUAUUUUUUAACCUAUAUUUUUUAUUUUUUGUCAUUGUUUUUAACAUUCACAUGCUAUUUUUUCUUAUUCUUAAGUUAUAUAAAUAUCUAUGUAAUAACACAAAGACUGUUUCUGUCUGUCUGUAACAGGCAAGGUAGAUAUGUUUUUUUUCCUAUGAUGUAGCCAAAAAGUUAUGGUUUAAAUGUUAAAUUUUACGUUUCUGUUUUAUACAAAAACGUUGAAACUUUUGAUUUUGAUUGUACAUCGGACUAAUUAGGCAAGCAAUAUUUUUGUAUUUUAGUUGGUCUUUGAUGACAGUCUCCUGCCCGAGUGCAUUUUCCAAAGGCCUUAUUGACUAGUUUUGUAUAAAGUGUAGAAUUUCUCACAGAAACUUCACAACUGUGUCAUAUUAAUGGAGUUUCCGCAUAUAAACUUUUGCAAAUCAUCAAAAGUUAACCUAAAAAUUUGGAAAAAUUGAUUUUUAGAACAUAUUAUUUUAAAACAGAGCAUAAAAUUAAAGAUGGAACAGACCAUUUGUGGCUAAAAGAUGUUUUUUUGACAAACACUUCAUGAAAUUAAAUAUAUUUUUUACGUUUGUAAACGUUUACAAGUCGAUGCUCUUGUGAUGUAAACCUUUGCGAAUUUAGCAAAUAUUCAUGGAAGUUUCUGCCCAUAAAAGUUUUGCCAGCAUUUUAUGCCAAAAAAGCCAAAAUAUACCCUCAAGCAUAUAUUUACUAUUAUUUCAUAUUUACUUUUUACAGCAUAUUUUGAGUUUAUAAAUUGCAUACCCAUAUCACUGAUUUGUAUUUUUCUAUUAGUGAUUUUUUGAGAAGGCAUAUUCAUUUAUCUUUUA